AUGCCUCUUUUCUACACGCAAGGUGUACCCAUUGGGUGGGUGGCAGUUAUGCUCGCCGUGGUAGCUUCCAUGGGCGGUUUCAUCUUCGGAUAUGACACGGGUCAAAUAUCCGAUAUCCUUCUCAUGGACGACUUCUUGCUCCGUUUCUCCAAAUGCACGACUCCUGGGGACGUUAGCACAUGCGCCUUCUCCACGGUCCGCGAAGGCCUCAUUGUCUCGCUCCUCAGUAUCGGUACGUUGGCUGGUGCCCUCUUCGGUGCCCCAACUGCGGACUAUCUCGGUCGUCGCCUCGCGAUGACCGCGGAGUGUGUAAUGUUCAUGAUCGGUGUGAUCAUCCAAAUCACAACAACACAUACUUGGCAACAGUUCGCCGUAGGACGUCUCAUCAGUGGCUUGGGUGUAGGAGCACUCAGUGCGGCUGUCCCAAUGUACCAAUCCGAGACGGCUCCACCUCAAAUUCGUUCAGCGCUUACUGCGACGUACCAACUUUUCAUCACCUUCGGUAUUCUUAUCGCCUACUGUAUUUCAAUUGGGACGCGAUCCAUCCAUAAGUCGGGAUCGUGGCGGACUGUGGUCGGUAUUGGCUUUAUCUGGCCGAUCAUCCUUGGUGUCGGAAUCCUUUUCAUGCCUGAGAGUCCCAGAUGGCUUACCACGAGAGGACGGCUUUCCGAAGCAAGACAUUCGAUGGCUAUUGUGCGUGGUGUCCCCGACGCAGAGGCUGAGGAUCAUUUCGUCAUUACCCGCGAGAUGGAGGAUAUGAAGGAAGCGGUAGAGCAGGAGAAGAAGGAGCAAGCUGGCUGGAUCGAUUGUUUCAAGCCAGAGCGGCAGCAGCUGUACCGCACAAUUCUCGUUGCGGUGCUUCAGAUGUUCCAGCAACUCACUGGUGCCAACUACUUCUUCUACUACGGUGCCACAAUCUUCAAAUCCGUCGGUAUUAGCGAUUCCUACGUCACCCAGAUCAUCCUUGGCGCUGUCAACUUCGUCUGUACGUUUGGCGGCAUGUGGAUCAUGCAUAGGUAUGGUCGUCGGUGGCCGCUCAUGAUUGGUGGGUGUUGGCAAUCGGCCUGGUUGUUCGUAUUUGCUGCAGCGGGUACCGCGAAGGAUCCUAUUGGCAACAAGGGUAUUGGCAAACUCAUGAUUGUUAGCGCUUGCCUCUUUAUCUUCGGCUAUGCACAGACUUGGGCACCCGGCGUCUGGAUUUUAACCGGUGAGACGUUCCCCACUCGCCUGCGUGCCAAGCAAGCAUCUAUCGCCACUGCGAGCAACUGGCUCUGGAACUUCCUCCUCGCCUUCUUCACACCGUUCAUUGUCAAGGACAUUGCUUAUCGCUACGGCUUCGUUUUUGCUUCCUGUAACCUCGCUGGAGCCGUCAUCGUAUUCUUCUUCCUCUAUGAGUCGUCGGACUUGUCGCUCGAAAACGUCGACAUGAUGUACUGCGAUCCUAACUGCAGACCGUGGACCUCCAGCAACUGGGCGCCCGCCGGCUAUACCUCGCAUAAGGAUUUGGUCGAGAAGACGCGUGAGGCCGAGCAGCACAAGCCGAUUUCGUCGGGGCGCGAGGAAGCUCGCCUUGAAAAGUCGGGGGAGCCCCAGAACGUGUAA